UAGGAGGUGCCAUUUUGUGGAGGGAGGUGCCUUCGCCUCCCCUCUUACGGCGUCCUCCUGAUAACAAGGUAUCGCCCCAGAGACAGAACAAGAUUUUCGCCUGCAGGGGGCAUUGCUCUCUUGCACUUCUCUUCCUCCACGUGACUGCCAGUGAGGCGCAGCCGUCUUCUGCUCUCGUUUCUUGCUGCUCGGAGUCUCUCCCCGAGUCCGGAGCCACCUCGGGGACUGCAGCCGGAUUGAAUUCUCCUUGCCUUGCCUACAGCGCACGCACCCUGGCGUUGCACGCCUCUCAUUAAAGGAAGCAUACAGGCAGAAGAGCUGCCUCCGGGGCUUUUGGCUUGCUGCGGUGUCUUUGUUACAAGCUCGUAAUCGGCCUUAAGCUCGACUGUCGAUGGUUGUAGCUUCGACGACACCAUCAUCGUGGGAAUCGGUUUGCAGUAGGGGCUUGUUCACAAAUGCGUGUAUGUUACAGGACGACUGACUCGCCGCCGAGGCCUGGUCGACCUCUGCAUCAAAAUGAUGUGCGAAUAGACUGUAGAGGCCUCCUGAGAGGAUAGAGUGAACUGCGGGGCCUUGUUCAGAUGUUCACUGAAUGCACAGAGAGCAGGAGCUGCUGGUACUGAUGUCUUUUUGGAACCAGAGUAUGGAGCAAGGUGAUAUUCCACGUGCAUUUAUAAAUCAGACUGAAAAGCUCGAAGAACUGGAACAAUGGAAGGAGAAAGUUGACAAAGCUGAAAAAGAAAAGGCUGAUAUGCUUCUUUUAAAACUUGCUGCUGAUGAGGAGAGAAGAAUCCGGCAAGAGAAGCUGGACUUGCUAAAGCAUAUGGAGGAGAAAAAAGCUAAAGAAAAAUUGGACAAAAAGUUGGAGUAUCAGAGAAUGUUUUCUGAAAUAAAUGAUCAAAAUAAUGCUCUGAGAGGAGAAAUUAAGUUUCUUAAAGAGAAACUUGCAGUAAAGAAUGCAAAAUGUGAAGAGCUUGCGCAGAGAUAUCAGCUAAAAAAGUGCAUACCUAAGAAGAAAGUGAAGUUUACACGUCUGGAGAAAACUGAGGAUGAAGUUGAAGACAUGUUAUGCCUUUUUCAUAUAGCUUCAAAACUCCCACUCAAGCUGUGCCAAGGAGAAGCUCUGAUCACAUUUGAAGAAGCAGAUGUUGCCAAGGAACUGAUUAAACAACAUCAUCAUACUGUGAGUUUAGAGAAUGAGAUGGUGGUUCUGAGAGCCUACCCUAUUGUACAGAAGAGGGGAGUAACAUUUGAGCUUCAUGCUAAGAUUUCUCUAAAGAGAAUUAAUGUUUUUAACAUCCCAAACUUAAAAAUCUCUGAAGAAUGGAUGAGAGACAAGUUGGAACUGAAUUUCUACAUAAAUAAACUAGGAGGAGGAAUACAGCAUGUGGCAUAUAACCAACAGUCCCAGAUGGCCCUCGUUACAUUUGCGGAGCCUAUAGCUGUGAACAAUAUUGUGAGAUACAGAGAAUGCCCUUUCUAUGCACAUGGAAAUUCUUAUUCUGUUAGUGUAUCCCCUGCCAUACAGAGGAAGCUGGAAAGAUUUCAGGUGUUCUCAGGGGUUUCCAAGAGGACCAUACUUUUAUCUGGAAUCAAGGCAUCAGAGGAAGAUGAAGAAAAUGUGCAGGAUAUGAUUGCAAUCCACUUCCAGAAACCUAGUAAUGGUGGUGGGGAAGUCGAAAACAUCAAAUAUGUUUCAAAAGGAACCAAAGUUGUUUAUUUUGAGAACGAUGGGGAAAUUAAAUGACAGACUCAGGAGAAAGUUGAACAAAGCUUUGAAUUAACAGAAUAAUUUAACUAUUUUGUAAUCUUUUGAAUACUUAUGCUUGAUAGUGUGCUUGUUUAACAAUCCACCAGUAAAAAGGUCCUGUCCCACAAACAACAACACUCUCAUCCAGCUGAAUUAGUCAAGUCCCAUUGAAAGCAAGAGGAUUGGUUUAGUCACAACUAACUUGUUCUCUUGGUGUCAGUGUGAUUUGGUCGGGAGUCAGUUUACCUGAAAUGGACCCCAUGUGAUUUCCUUGCUCGUAGUACUGUGCAACAGAUGAAUAUUGGACAUAUCACAACUGAGUAAUGCUAAGAAAAUGAAAGUAUGGAUAUAUUGUUCAUAUUUUGCAAGCUUCAGUAUGUCCCAUGGGACUUUUCAGCAUCUUUUCUUACCAGAAGCCAGAACCUUUUAGAGUGCCCUCUGCUGCAGCAUGGCAAGCUGCAGUUAGAAGGGGAAUCUGGAGAGUCUCAAUACACACAUGGAAGUACUUCAGUUUGAGAAAAGGAUUCCUUCAGUACCAGCCACCAUGCACUUCAGUACACAACAAAAUGUCUGGUGUCUCAAGAGUUCUGGAAGAUCGUCAUGUUGUAGAAUCACUUCUGUUAUGUUGAGCCUUAAUACUUCCAGCUUCCCAUUUCGAAAGAUAAACAACACUUCUCAGAGCAAUAGAGAAUUGUGGCUAUGCAAUAACCUCUAUUCAAAUUUCCUGACUGGUCUCUGGAAUUCUAUUCCCCCUCCCCAAAGGACCAUCAUGUCAAAGUUAGGCUACUAUGUCUUUUGACUAUGUCUUCAGCAAGAGGUUUUUUCCAUCUCAAUUGCAUGUUUUCUUAAAUACAAAGCCAAUUUUGGCUUUGUGUGUGCCUUGGAAGCACUGCCAUGCAUAUAACUUGUGUAGAGCAGAAACCAUUCCCUGUGCAGCUUUACUUUCCCGUUCCUGAAGCUUUCCAAUAUCUGAUAGUAAAUACAGAAGGUUGAUAUUGAGUUAAUAUCAGUUAAGUUGAUAGUGAGUUAAUGUGGGUGGGCUACGGAAAAAUACUGUAAAGAAGGCAUUACUGGACAAGCAUUGAUUGAUUUUUAUACUACUAUAGGAAACCACCCCAAGCAUAGAUGAAAGUUGACAUAAUAAUUAAUGAGCAUGAUUAUAAAGCCAUGUUAUAGAAAUCUUCACCACCUACUAAAAUUUUAGAACUGAACUCUACUGACAGUUGGAUCCAUUGUUACUGCAUUUCAGCUCAGUAGAAAUCCAUUGUUUCCUGUCUUAGCAGAAUCCUUUUAAUAAACUUAAAUAGACUUCUUAGAAAUCAUUAUAAUCUUCAUAAUAAACAUUUUCUUUGAAUGCUUAUUCACAUUUUAAAUCCCAAAUCAGAUACAGAUUAACUUUUAUUUACAACAUGUGUACCCUGCCCCCAUGUAACUCGGGGCAAUGUCCAUGGGGUCAGUCAUCCUUUGAACAAUACCAUGAGGAUGGUUAGAGUCAACGAGACAACCCGUGGAGGGCUGGGUGGGAUUGGAAUGCUUGAUACUGAACAGUAUCUUAUUCUCAUUUUGAGUUAACAAUGCUGGUGAAUUUAAAAUAUGAAAGAAAGUGAUUCUUUAGAAGUCUUAUUAGAGCAACAAUUUUGUCUGGAGUAUGUUAUUUGAAGUAACUUAUAUCAUGUGGUUACUAAAAUUUGAGAUUCUGUGCUCUGCUCUUUAAUUUCUAAAACUAUAGGUCACAAUAAAUUAUGAGUAACUAAAAUUU